AUGGGAGUGAAAGAGGAGGAUUCUGCUUUGUUGAAUGAUUUACGAGAACAGAGGAUGAAAGUUGACAAGCAAGCACUUGCAGCGCCCGUGAAAUCUGUUGUCGACAAGUUUCAAUUACUUCCUGAAUUUUUGAAGGUAAGAGGUUUGGUGAAGCAGCAUCUUGACUCCUUUAAUUACUUUGUGAGAACACAGAUAAAACAGAUAGUUCGUGCCAAUGAUCUCAUCACUUCUAAGAUCGACCCAAGUAUCUAUCUGAGAUAUAAAGAUGUUCGGAUUGGUGAACCAUCGAUAAUAAUAGAUGGUGUGACUGAAAAGCUUACACCCCAUAAAUGUCGGCUCUCCGACCUUACCUAUGCUGCUCCAAUAUAUGUGAAUAUAGAGUAUAUUACAGGAAGCCAUGGUUCAAAAACGACUCAAAUGAAGAGAGAUGUUAUUAUUGGAAGAAUGCCUAUCAUGUUAAGAAGUUGUUGUUGCGUAUUGUAUGGGAAGGAUGAAGAAGAACUUGCCAGAUGUGGUGAAUGCCCACUUGAUCCUGGAGGAUAUUUUGUUAUUAAAGGAACAGAGAAGGUGAUUUUGAUACAAGAACAACUUUCAAAGAACAGAAUAAUCAUUGAUACUGAUAAAAAAUGCUGUGUACAAGCGUCCGUCACAAGCAGUACAGAGACAACAAAAAGCAAGACAGUCAUAAAAAUGGAGAAAGAGAAGAUAUAUUUGUACCUGAAUCAGUUUACAAGCAAGGUUCCUAUUAUGAUAGUCAUGAAAGCUAUGGGUAUGGAGAGUGAUCAAGAGGUUGUCCAGAUGAUUGGAAGAGAUCCUCGGUACAGUGAAUUACUACUCCCUUCAAUUGAGGAUUGUGCAAAGGAAGCUGUAUAUACACAAUAUCAGGCACUGGAAUACCUUGAGCAGAAGGUUAAGAAAUUGCCGUAUUCUACUGCUCUGAUUGAGAAGGAAGGGCGGGCUUUGGGUAUCCUUCGUGAUAUAUUCCUUGCCAAUAUCCCGGUACAUCAAGAUAAUUUUCGUCCAAAAUGCAUAUAUGUUGCAGUGAUGCUCAGACGCAUGAUGGAGGCAAUCUUGAACAAGGAUGCAAUGGAUGAUAAGGAUUAUGCAGGGAACAAAAGAUUGGAACUAUCUGGCCAGUUACUAUCUCUACUUUUUGAGGACUUGUUCAAGACAAUGAAUGAUGAAGCCAGGAAAACUAUAGAUACCAUCUUAGCGAAGCCAAGUCGUUCUAGUCGGUUUGAUAUUUCUCAGUUCAUAGUAAAAGAUAGCAUAACCGUUGGUCUAGAAAGAACUCUAUCUACUGGAAAUUGGGAUGUAAAGAGAUUCAGGAUGCAUCGGAAAGGCAUGACACAGGUUGUAGCUAGACUAUCAUAUAUAGGAACAUUGGGUCACAUGACGAAGGUCUCUCCACAAUUUGAAAAAUCUCGGAAAGUUAGUGGACCUAGAGCAUUGCAGCCAAGCCAGUGGGGCAUGUUGUGUCCUUGUGACACUCCAGAAGGUGAAGCCUGUGGAUUGGUGAAGAAUCUGGCCCUGAUGACUCAUGUUACAACUGACGAAGACGAAGCCCCUCUUGUUUCUCUGUGCUACUCACUGGGAGUUGAAGACUUGGAGUUGCUCUCUGGUGAAGAACUUCACAUGCCAAACUCCUAUCUGAUAAUAUUGAAUGGGCUUAUUCUUGGCAAGCACAGGCAGCCACAGCGGUUUGCUAAUGUAAUGAGGAAACUCAGAAGAGCUGGUAAAAUUGGCGAGUUUGUAAGCAUCUUUGUGAAUGAAAAACAGCGUUGUGUUUAUAUUGCUUCAGAUGGUGGUCGUGUUUGUCGUCCACUUGUAAUUGCUGACAGAGGUGUAUCGAGAAUUAAGGAGCACCACAUGAAGGAGUUGAGGGAUGGAGUCCGUACUUUCGACAGUUUUUUGAAAGAGGGUCUAAUAGAGUACCUUGAUGUUAAUGAGGAGAACAAUGCUUUGAUUGCUUUAUAUGAAGAGGAUGCUAAAGAAGGUACAACACAUAUUGAAAUAGAACCUUUUACCAUACUAGGCGUUUGUGCUGGGUUGAUCCCUUAUCCUCAUCAUAACCAGUCACCAAGAAAUACGUAUCAGUGUGCUAUGGGUAAGCAAGCUAUGGGCAACAUUGCAUAUAAUGAGUUAACUCGGAUGGAUACGCUAAUCUAUCUCUUAGUGUAUCCGCAACGGCCAUUACUAACAACACGAACAAUUGAGCUGGUUGGCUAUGAUAAACUGGGAGCUGGGCAGAAUGCAACUGUAGCAGUAAUGAGUUACAGUGGAUAUGACAUAGAGGAUGCAAUAGUUAUGAAUAAAUCAUCUUUGGACCGUGGUUUUGGUCGCUGUAUUGUAAUGAAAAAAAUGACAGCAAUUAGUCAGAAGUAUGAAAAUGGCACAUCUGAUCGUAUAAUUAGACCACAAAGAGAUGGGUAUGAAGCUGAAAGAAUGCAGAUUUUGGAUGAUGAUGGAUUAGCAGCUCCUGGAGAAAUUAUUAGACCUCAUGAUGUCUAUAUUAAUAAAGAGUCCCCCACAAUCACACGGGGACCAGUGACAUCUCCAAUGGGUCUGCCAGAUAGUGCGUAUAAGCCCAGUAGACAGACAUACAAAGGUCCUGAAGGGGAGACUCCUGUUGUGGAUAGAGUGUCACUGUGCUCUGACAAGAAUAAUAAUUUAUGCAUUAAGUUUAUGAUUCGUCAUACUCGUAGGCCCGAGGUUGGUGACAAGUUUAGUAGCCGACAUGGUCAAAAAGGAGUUUGUGGCACAAUUGUUCAACAGGAAGAUUUCCCAUUUUCUGAACGUGGCAUAUGUCCUGAUUUAAUUAUGAAUCCUCAUGGAUUUCCAAGCCGAAUGACAGUGGGGAAGAUGAUAGAACUUCUUGGAAGUAAAGCUGGAGUUUCUAGUGGUAGAUUUCAUUAUGGUAGUGCAUUUGGAGAGCCCAGUGGUCAUGCCGAUAGAGUUGAAGCUAUAAGUGAAACCCUUGUGAAGCAUGGUUUCAGUUACAAUGGCAAAGACUUCAUUUACUCAGGUAUCACUGGUGAGCCACUGCAAGCAUACAUUUUCAUGGGUCCAAUUUAUUACCAAAAGCUGAAACACAUGGUCUUGGAUAAAAUGCAUGCUCGAGGUAGUGGACCCCGAGUUAUGAUUACUAGACAGCCUACUGAAGGGAGAAGUAGAAAUGGAGGACUUCGGGUGGGAGAAAUGGAACGCGAUUGCUUAAUUGCCUAUGGAGCCAGCAUGUUAAUAUACGAACGCUUAAUGAUUUCAAGUGAUCCCUUCGAGGUUCAGGUCUGCCGAAAGUGUGGUCUAUUAGGAUAUUACAACUUUAAGCUAAAGACUGCCAACUGUUCUACAUGUAAAAAUGGGGAUAAUAUAUCCACAAUGAAGUUGCCAUAUGCAUGCAAACUCUUAUUCCAGGAACUUCAAGCGAUGAAUAUAGUACCCCGUUUGAAGUUAACAGAGGCUUGA